AUGAUUGGCCGCACUGCAGGCAUAAGGGCUCCUUGUGCGGCCAGGCCAGCUUGUAAUAACGCUACAUCCUUCGCACCUCGCCGUUUCCUGACCACUCAGCAAACCAGCAGCAACACCGCCAAGGUAGCAGAAACAUCAAAAGCAGCGACACCGGCAGCAGAACCAGUAGAAGAGAUCAUGGACUGGAACACAUAUUUCAAGCUUCGAGGAACACGUCGCAACUAUGAGCGCGUGUUUAUGGCCCCCUGUGCCCUUUUGGGUCUUGGUGGUGCUGGUUAUUACUUUGCUCAACAGGAUUUUGAUCCAACUCCAAUUUUCGGCAUGGACCAGAUUAUUGUCUAUGCUGUUGGCACAAUCGCUGCAGGAAUUGUUGGAUUGGCGGUGGGACCUGUUGUCGGAAACAUGGUCUUCCGUGCUACCAACUCAAAAACUAAGACUUUUAUCGAUCGAAUGGACAAAGAGUUUUAUAAGCAUAUUGUUAAGAAUCGUGCUGACCCCACUGCAAACAGUGCUAGAAACCCUCUCCCGGAUCACUUUGGAGAGAAGAUCAAGUCUGUGAGUGAUUACCGCAAGUGGCUCCGGAAGCAGCGUGAAUUCCGUCGCAAGUCCCAGUUCUACAUUGGAAUGGAUUAA